CGCACAGCUUCUGACGUCUACUCUAAUCAGUCACUUAAUAUCCUCAGAUUUCUUCCACGGUACCAGUGGAAGAAUAUUUCCAAUUUCUUUCGAUUAAAACUUCUAAAUUGCCAGUGAAACUUUAAGAAACCAAAAUGGUGCUGACGGCGGACGUUAACUUGCCCGAAGAGUCCGAUUUGACCGUCCCUGAGGUCAAUCUAUCUAUGGCCAGUUUGAGGGCUGGUUCAUUCCACCUCGGGAAAUACUGCGAGCAAGCUAAUAAUGAGUUCAUGCUCUGCCGGUUCGAGGAGAAGGACCCUCGCAAGUGCAUCAACGAGGGCAAGGCGGUGACCGCUUGCACCAUGGAGUUCUUCCGCAAGGUGAAGAGCGCUUGCAUGAGUGAGUUCAACCAGUAUGCCAACUGCAUCGACAAGAGCUCCGGUGACUUCAGCUUCGAGAACUGCCGCACCACGCAGGGCGUGAUGGACAAGUGUAUGCUGGACAAGCUCAACCUGGAGCGCCCGGCCUUCGGGUACUUCACCGAGGCGCGAGUGCACCACACCAAGAGGCCUAAACCGAAGGAGGAGCCCGCCCUGGUGUUCCCGGACGCGACGCCCGCGCUGCCCGACGACGCGGAGCGCAAACCUGCCCGCAUGGGCUCUCGCUUCUACUGGAUGACCGAGUAA